AUGGUGCGUUUGGCAAAAGCCUUACUUGGAACCGUGUUGGCUCUUUCAGUAGUCUUGACACCCGCCCUGUCUCAGGACACCACUUCCACAAAACCAGCACCAUCAGGAGCUGCAGGAAAUGCCACCGCAACACCAACGCCGACCACCAUCUUUAAUUUCCCUACUCCUGCUCCUACAACGGCACCACCAGUAACACUCAAUCCGGGUCAACAAGUUCAAUGCCCUGCCAUCAUGGUUCCCGACCCAGACCCUGGUGUUGUCAUCCACGGUCGCGCUUGUGUCGGUGGCUGCUGUGUCCGUUGCCCAGCAAUCAACAGCUUCUAUGAGCCCCACAAGGUCGACAAUGUCCUCAAGGCUGCUUACUUUAUUCGCCAGGCUGCACUGGGAUUUAGUACCUUUCUGGCGAUCUCUUACUUGGUCCUUCCGGGCAAGAGAUCUCAACCCCAUAUCUCAGUCUUGUUCUUGACGGUCUCGUUGUCGUUGUGGUAUGCGGCCUUUGAUGUCAUGCCAGGUUACUCGAACGCCUGUGCGAAUGAUGUUGAUCCGUCGACGGGUAGUAACAACAGACUGUGCGGUGUCCAGGGCGUGUUGAUCAUUUACCUGACUCAGACCAGUGCCCUCUGGUGCUCGUUGCUUAUCUAUAAGCUUCACUUGUUGGCUGUCUGGAGAAACAACUGGAUCGACGCGCACUAUGCAUACUUCACGGCAUUCUGCUGGGUGUUCCCACUGGUAUUCGCGAUUCCAGUGGCGGUCAAGAAUUUGGCCGAGUACCCCGGUAUCGGCUUCUCCUGUCUCGUCGGCACCGAAAACUUGAACACUUAUUUGUUCUACCCAAUUGCUGUUUACAUGUACCCGGCUAUGAUCUGUCACGUCGUCACCGUUGCCAAAAUGAUACGCCUGGCGGUGAUGUCGUCAAAGAUCGACACAGGCCUCUCCCAACUCUCAUCCGACGCUCGCAUGAAAGUCACAACCACCAUGCAAGCCAAACGGCUCCUCCGGGGCCAAUGGCGUCCAGCCCUCAUGGUUGGAAGCGUGAUGGCUUCUCUUACUGUUUUCUGGCUCUUCUAUUUCGUCGAUACGCAUUCCUUUGCAAAGACGAAUGAGACUACGCCGUGGUUGAGAACUUGGAUGGGCUGUAUUUUUGCGCAAGCCAAGAUGGGCAAGUCUGCAGAUGAGAUGCAGACGUUUUGUGCGGAUGCGGCUAGGCCCAACUUGCCGAGUAUUCAUUGGUUUGCGGCGGCGGAGACGUUGUUAGCGCUGCUUGGUAUUGUCGUGGCGGCGGUGUUUAUUUCAAAGGCUGAGUUCUGGGAGGAGUGGGGGUAUUUGCUCAGUAACGUCCUUCGACGUGGCAAGCGCGGGAACGGAUCUCGUUCGUCCUCUCGUGGAUCCCGGUCACCCGAUAACCACGGCCACGGAUCCAACUCUCCCACAAUGGUCAACGGCCACCCAUCCAUCCACUCCGGCUCUAUCGGCGACAUUGCAAGAAAGGGUGGUCCCAUGGCGAGGUCGAUGAGCAGCAACCAUGGCCUCCACACCGAUAUGCAAGGUGGUGGCCCUACCGCAGGCGUCUUCCGCACCAAUAGCCAAUCCUUGUCGACUAGGAACCUCACCAGCAACAACUCGCAGUGGUACGAUAUGGACGACCUCCUCGAUAAGGAAUACGAGCUCCAAGAACAGCAGCACCCCACAUCCCUCCAUCACGCGUCGUCCUCGCACCUCCAACGAAACGUCAGCUUCUCCUCCCGCGCCGGUAACUCCGCCCCCAUUGUUGGUAUCGUGACCGACCCACCAAAGUACUCCUCCAGAAACCUCACGAGUCCCACACGCGCAUACUUCAACUCCUCCACCUCCGACCGCGACACCUACACACCCUACGCCGAGAAACCCGUCGUACCCUCCCCCGUCCCCCGAACCCCGCGCCUCACCAACACCACUAGCCACUCCAACAGCCCACCUACCUCGCAGCAACAAAAUAUCUACCUCCCCAGUCCCAAAAUGUCAACAAGCCCCCCUCCCCAAUCCCCUACAACCUCCUACCGCACUGGCGGGAACAACAGCCACCCAUUAGACUCAGUCCCCAUCAUCGGUAUCGCAACCCGCGGAUCCCCCGCAAUGUCCGCAACCUCCUACACCCACACCCCUAGAUCCCCACGCGGCGUCCAACCCCAAAAUCCUUCCCACCAGAUCCAACAGUCGUACCAAAACCAACCCCCGACGACCCAGUCCUUGUUGUAUAACGCAAACGACAGCAGCGAACAGAUCAUGGUAGCAUCCCGUGAGAGCAUCGGUCGUGCGCCUCCUUCCAUGGGAGGAAUGCCAUCAAGUCCGACGAGCCCAACGAGUCCGGUGGGUAGGUCCAGGAGCCCUCCACCUUCGCUCCCUCACAAGAACCCGCAUCGCCAUAAUCAACCCGGUUACAUGUCUCCGCCCAUCCAGGUCCCUGUCGGUUAUCAGACCAACAACAACAAUAACUUUUAUCGCGAAUAA